GUCUAGUCUAGUCUAGUCUAUUCCCCCAACAACUCGACUCCAACCUCCGUCCUCCUCCCUCCUCGCCCCCGUCGAAUCCAUCGAGGCGAGGAAAAACAGGAGAGGCUGUUAGGGUUCCGGAUGGACGGGCCCAGAAGCUUCUAGAACCGCAGGCUUGCUCGGGACGGUGCGGCGCGGCGCGGCGGGCGAUGGAGGACGAGAAGGCGAGGGGGCUGUCCUCGGCGGCGUCGCCGCUCAUCCCGCCGCCGUCCUCGGAGAUCGACCUCGAGGCCGGCGCCGGGGACCAGCUCCAGUGCCGGAUCUGCCUCGAGACCGACGGGAGGGACUUCAUCGCGCCCUGCAAGUGCAAGGGCACCUCCAAGUACGUGCACCGCGACUGCCUCGACCACUGGAGAGCCGUCAAGGAGGGAUUUGCAUUUUCUCAUUGCACCACCUGCAAGGCUCCUUAUUAUUUGAGGGUUCAUGUCCACACUGACAGGAAAUGGCGAACAAUGAAGUUUCGUUUCUUUGUUACUAGAGAUAUACUAUUCAUCUUUGCUCUAGUCCAGUUUGUCAUCUCUGCAUUGGCUUAUUUGGUACAUUUGAUUGAUGGGUACCAGCAAUAUUGGUUGAGGACGUCCUGGGGUUUUGAUAAUGAAGUUAGUUUUUAUUAUAUAUGUGGAGCUUUGUUGUUCUUUGCUUUACUCGGGUUAUCGGGAUGCUUCAUAACGUGUUAUGACCGAAGAGUGCGGAGUGACUUGGCUCAGCCUUGUCGAGAACUUUGUCUCUGUUGCUGCCAACCAGGGAUGUGUGCGGAUUGUCAUCUUCCUGGCACCCUUUGCAUGUGGACCGACUGCACCACAUGCUUUGAAGGCUGUGCAACAACAGCUGGGGAGUGCGGCGGUUGCUUGGGAGGCGCAGGGGAAGCAGGGCUACCAUUGCUCCUCAUAAUGGGAGUGAUCGUGCUGGGGCUGUUCACAGUCGUCGGCAUCUUCUACAGCGUACUGGUGGCAACUAUGGUAGGGCAGAGGAUCUGGCAAAGGCACUACCACAUCCUCGCCAAACGAAUGCUAACAAAGGAAUAUGUUGUGGAAGAUGUUGACGGUGAACGCACAGAUUGGUCUCCGCCACCGCUCCCUGCUGAGCAUGUCCAGCAGCUCAAGUCCCUGGGACUCCUAUAGCCCAUGCCAUCGAGUUGAUGGCUGUUGACGAUGACCUAAGUUCAGGACCAGCGCGGCGCGACACUGCCCCAGCUGUACAGGAAGCAAAUACCAAGCUGAUGGCAGGGCGUUUCUUGUAUCUGCACUUCCGCAGCCCAACGUGGCGUGUGAGACCGUCGGUCUUUUUUGUACAUUGUAACAGGGAAAAUGACAACACCUUGAUUUUAUACAAAUGAGUGGUUUACUCAACUGAGUUCAGAUCA